CAAAUGAGGCUACUCACAUUCUAGCUAAUCUUUGUAUGCAUAAUCAAUUGCCUCCUAUCCCUCUUAGGAUAGGUUCCAGUAAUGAUGCCCCUGUGGCGUUGUAAUGCAUUGUUAGUUGCAUCUAAAAAAAAAAAAAGAGAGAGAUUGGACCUGAAAUAUGGUGAAUUUUAUUAUCCGUAGCAUAGGAGAGCUCGAGAAUCCAGCCUAAAGAAGGACAAUCCAGGCAAUCAUCACACGGAAGAAACGAAAUUGCUUCUUCUCCUCACGUGACUGAUUGACGAAACUAAUCAUUUCGGUUGGUACAAAUUCAUGUUAAGAACAACAAAAAACCCACCCGCGAUGCAGGAACCUGCACUAGAUUCUGCGCGCGUGUCCAAAUCUCCGCAUGAAAUUCAUCACCCUAAUUGGACGUGCUACCCACGUGCCACAAUUUCACUUGAGCUCAUCGACCUCCGGAAAUUUAAAAGGUACCAAUCUUGUGUUCUUUUGGUGGGAAGUGGGGACUGCUGUCAACAAAGCCAACGCCCACUUCAAUGAGAAGAGAAGACUUCACAAAAAGCUAUAAUGGUGCCUUUCCGUUUUUCACUCUCUCAGUCACUCUUUUCUCUAAUUUCUGUCCUGUUCUCUCUGCUCAACAGAGAGGAUUUUUCGGUCGUGAUCCCUAGUUUUCAUAACAUUCAUUGUUGCUGUGCUUUGAUUUUUGAUCAAUGGGGAGUGUUUCUUCAGAGGACGAGUUAGAUCAACUGAGCGAGCGGUUCGAGUUCGACAGCUACAGCUUGAGCGCGGAUGUGAGUGAAUCGGAGAGUUCCAGUAGCUUCUCUUGCAGGCGUUACGAUCACCAAGGCACCUCCACUUCUUUCCCUUCUUCGCCUCUCGCAGGACCUCAAUUCCGUGACGGUUACAUUUCUCUGCCUCCGCUUCCUAUAAUGCUGCCGCCGGUAGUUGGUGGCAGGCACGUCACGUUCCCAACGGAUAAGGCAGAGAAACCGGAGAAUGAUUUAUCUGAGGUUGAAAUGAUGAAAGAGCUAUUUGCUAAGCUUCUGCUUGGAGAAGACAUGUCAGGUGGGGGGAAGGGCGUUUGUACAGCUCUUGCCAUCUCCAAUGCCAUUACAGAUCUCUAUGCCUCUGUGUUUGGGGAGCUAUGGAAGUUAGAGCCACUAGCACCACAAAAAAGGUCAAUGUGGCACCGGGAGAUGGAAUUACUUUUAUGUGUGAGUGAUUCCAUAUUAGAGCUUGUUCCAUCAAUGCAAGAUUUCCCAAGUGGUGCAACCUUUGAGGUUAUGGUGCCUCGGCCACGCUCAGACAUAUAUGUGAACCUUCCAGCGCUCAAGAAGCUCGACACAAUGUUGCUUAGCAUUCUUGACGAAUUUUGCACUUCUGAGUUUUGUUAUGUUGAUCGUGGUGUAGUAGUAGCUGCUGGGGAUGAAACUGAAACAUUCCCUUUCUCUUCAUCAUCUUCAAGGCUGUCAAGUAGUCAGGAAGAGAAGUGGUGGCUUCCGUUUCCUAAAAUUCCCCAGAAUGGUUUAUCUGAAGAUACAAGAAGGAGAUUGCAGCAGUGUAGGGAAUGCACAAAUCAGAUCCUUAAGGCCGCCAAGGCAAUUAAUAGUAGUGUGUUGACUGAGAUGGAAAUUCCAAAUGCUUACUUGGAGAGCUUGCCCAAGAGUGGAAAAGCUUGUUUGGGUGAGAAUAUAUAUCGUCACAUAACUGCCCAUAGGUUCUCUCCAGAUUUUCUUCUGGAUUACUUGGACCUCUCAUCAGAGUAUUCGACUUUAGAAAUAGCAAACAGGAUAGAGGCAGCUGCACAUAUUUGGAGGAAAAAAUGCCUUCAAAAGCAGAAGGUUCAUGCAAGAGUUGGGAAGAAGUCAUCAUGGGGUGGCAAGGUCAAAGGCUUUGUUGGUGAAGCACAAAGAAGUAAGCUUCUAGCAAGACGGGCUGAGACCCUCUUACACAGCCUAAGGCUGCGUUUCCCUGCCCUCCCACAGACUACUCUGGACAUGAACAAGAUUCAAUAUAACAAGGACGUGGGGCAUUCUAUCAUUGAGAGCUAUUCAAGGGUGAUGGAAAGCUUAGCCUUCAGUAUAAUGGCGAGGAUUGAUGAUCUCCUAUACGUGGAUGAUGCCACCAAGCAACGAGCAGCAGCAGAGUCAUCAUCUCUGUAUGACCAAGGAAGGCUUGAGGGAGCACUUCCUAAACAGAAAUGGAUGUCAUCUAGCUCUUUUUCUUUUCAACACAAUCUUUCUGCCUCUCCAUCUCUGUUGUCAAAAUUUGACUCUUUUCAUAAAAAACUUAGAAUCUCUAGUGCAAGGAGACAUCAUUUUGCAAAGAAGAGCAAGCUAAAGGACUCACCAAUUCAGACCCUGCAGAAACUAACCUUCUAAGUUGAAGGGGCAAAUCGUCUCAUAUAGCUCAAGGACUAGUAACGCGUCUGUAUCUUGUUUAUCUAGCUAGAUCCACUUACUGUAGAUGAUAGCUAGUUUUGUAAGCCUGAUAGGCAGAGAAGGUAGGUAGCAAAACAAUGUUGAAUUAGUUCCUUCACGAGCAGAGAGCAUACCCAUGAAAUCUCUAUAUACUUGCUGUUGUGGGGAUCUUCAAUAAUAUAACUCCUUGAAGGCCUUGUGUUCCUAUUCGAAA